AACCAUUUAUUAUUAUUAGAGAUUUUUAAAAUAUUGGUUUGUAAACUGACAAUCCAUUUGAGUGCUGCCAUUACCGGAGCCGACAGGCCAUCCAUCUCCACUGAUUCUUUCCAACCCUCUGUCCCUCUCUAAUUCCAAAGCCGAUCCAUUUUUAGUUGCACCAAUAGUGAAUCCUUUAUUCUCAUAUAACCCAUCACAAAUUCUUCAUUUUUCUACAAAACCCACUUCUCAUUUCCCCUUUUUCUUCAAACCCAUCUUCUUAAUUCUCCUUUUGAGCUCUUUUUUCUUGUUGCUUUCCUUCUCAUGGAGUUUAAACACCAUCAGCUCAACCUUGGCCUUUUUCUAGAACCCUCUUCUUCUUCUUCUUCUUCUUCUUCUUCUUCUUCUUCUUCUUCUUCUUCUUCUUCUUCCUACUCGGCUCAUGUGAGUCCAUGUAGCGAGCAGAGGGUUUACCCAUGCAACUAUUGCCAGAGGAAGUUUUAUAGCUCACAGGCUUUGGGAGGCCACCAAAAUGCUCAUAAGCUGGAGAGGACUUUGGCGAAGAAGAGCAGAGAGAUAAGGGCAUACCGAGGAGAUCAUGAAACCAAUAUUACGAUGAAUUCAACCCAUUUGUGGAAAGUUGAGACAAUCACAGCUGCAGCACCUUUAGUAAUUGGCCCACAUGGGGUUGAUGGUGGGAGAGAGAUAAGGGGUUUCGCAGCUGAAAAUCAUCAUCUUCAUCAUCAUCAUCAAGAUGAUAUUGGCCACCUUGAUUUGUCUUUAAGGCUCUGAAUUUCUCUGUUUUUGUUUUUUCACUUUUACGUAUAAAUUUUAUAUAAUGAUUGAAGCCCGUAAAGAAGAGGUGAUGAAUUGAGAGUAUUUUAUAUGUUUCAUCUUUAUAUUCUCUUCGAAACAAAGCCCCACAUUGUUUCGUGUUC